GGCGGCGGGAGACGAAGACGGAGGCCGAGAGAAGCAGCGGCGGCAGCGAAGGAUCUCUAAGGCCGGCCUCCGAUCGCGAUCCCUCCCGGCCCGCCGGGGCCUUGCUGGCUGUUGGGUUGACAGCUUAGGUGGUGAUCAAUACAGUUCUCUCUGAGGAGCCAGAAAGCAGGCAGCUCAUGACUUCUGAUCAGGACCCUAAAGUUGUGGCUGAACCGCAGGUGCAGCAAGUACAAGAAGUUAAAGAUAGUUCUCAUCUAGAGUCGGCCAAGGUUUCUGAACUAAAUCCUAAUGCAAAAGUAUGGGGGAAUCAUAUGUUACAUGUGGAAGCAAGCGGGGCUAAUGAUGGUGGCGUGAGCAAAACCUGGGAAGAAAUAGCAGAUCAUCCACCAGAUUCCUGCAAAGAAGGGUUGGAGGCCAAUGGUGAUGGUGACAAAAAGCACCAGAAUGAAUCGUUAACAGAACUGCAAGAACCAUCACUGACAGCUCCACUGCCAGACCAGACAGAUAUGAACCCUUUGGCUCUAGAUCAUUCAGAGUAUGAAUCUAUACACGAAAACACUCAGACAGGAGGUAAAGAACAGCUGCAGUCAGAAGGUCAAGAAGACCUGCGAGAAGUACUGAAAAAAACACUGGAGUUCUGUUUAUCUAGAGAGAAUCUUGCCAGUGACAUGUACCUUAUAUCUCAGAUGGACAGUGAUCAGUAUGUGCCAAUAAUGACAGUAGCAAACCUUGAUCACGUCAAGAAGCUGAGUACUGAUAUGGAUUUGAUUGUUGAAGUGCUGCGAUCAUUGCCUUUAGUCCAAGUGGACGAGAAGGGUGAAAAAGUCAGGCCAAACCAGAAUCGCUGCAUUGUGAUUUUACGUGAAGUACCUGAAUCUACUCCAAUUGAAGAGGUUGAAGCGCUCUUCAAGGGAGAUAACUUGCCUAGGUUCAUCAACUGUGAGUUUGCCUAUAAUGACAACUGGUUUAUUACAUUUGAGUCUGAAGCAGAUGCACAGCAGGCUUAUAGAUACCUUAGAGAAGAAGUGAAAACCUUCCAAGGAAAACCAAUUAAGGCAAGAAUAAAAGCAAAGGCUAUAGCUAUAAAUACAUUUUUGCCAAAGAAUGGAUACAGACCUCUGGACAUGAACAUCUACACACAGCAGCGUUAUACAACAUCAUUUUACAUACCUCCAGUAUACAGCCCCCAACAGCAGUUUCCACUGUACAGCUUAAUUGCCCCACAGACGUGGUCAACAACACAUAGCUAUCUUGAUCCAUCACUGGUAACACCGUUUCCAAAUACUGGAUUUAUCAAUGGUUUCACAUCUCCUACUUUCAAGCCUACUACUUCUCCACUGACUUCACUCAGGCAGUAUACUCCCAGAAGCAGAAAUCCCAGCAAAUCACAUCUACGGCAUACAAUACCCAGUGCGGACAGAGGGCCAGGACUUUUAGAGAGCCCUACAAUAUUCAAUUUUUCUGCUGACCGCUUAAUCAACGGUGUCAGGAGCCCACAAACAAGGCAACCAGGGCAAAACAGGACACGGAUGCAAAGUACGACAAGUUAUACCAAGCGUGAAGUGGGCAGUGGGCGAGUAGAGCCUGCUGCUUUAGACUCAUCCCCAAGCUUAGGUAGAGGAAGGAAAAACUCGUAUGGCUAUCGAAAGAAGAGAGAAGACAAGUUCACGAGAGGACAAACGCAGUCUCCACCACCACCAAAGCCUCCAUCCCCAAGUUUUGAAUUGGGACUGUCCAGUUUCCCUCCAUUGCCUGGAGCUGCUGGGAAUCUAAAGACUGAGGACUUGUUUGAAAACAGACUAUCAAAUGUGAUAGUAGGAGGAACAUCAAAAGAAAGAAACCUCAGCGCGACUACUAGUACAAACACUAUUCCAUCAGGAGUUCCUCGAGAGCCUUUGUUGCCAGUUUCUUCUCCUCUACCCGGGACGUUUGAAAGGUCUCCUUCCCCAUCCCAGCCUCCUGAUGACUCCAAAGUCAUGGACAAGCAGCAGAGAGAGACCCCAAAUAUUGAAAGACUUUCUUCUGUACUCACUACCGCUUGCAAAUCGGUACAAGUCAAUGGGGCUGCUGUAGCAGAGUUGCGAAAACCUAGUUAUGCAGAGAUCUGUCAGAGGACAACCAAGGACCCAUCACCCGUGCAGCCCCCAAAAGAACAGAAGCCAAACACUGUCACCUGUGGGAAAGAUGAAAGGAAACCCACAGAAACACUAGAGAGAAGCAAAGAACCCCCUCCUGUGAAGUCCAAUCCAGGACAGCCCAAAGACCAGAGGAGACAGCCGUCAGGGCGCAAGUCACCACCUCCAGCCGUUGGGAAACGUCUGACGAAAGAACAGAGCACCCCUCCCAAAUCUCCUCAGUGAAACUAGUGCUUAGGAGGAGGUUUUAAAAGUUCUCACCAUGAAGUAAACCCAUGUUGCCACUCAGAGUACAAAGAAUGAGUUGCUGGUUAGGAGCUUGCAGUGCGUAUUAUGUAUAUGAAAUGCCUGCAAGGUAAUUAUUUUUUGUUUCUUUGUAAAUCAGAUUGUUCCUCCAAUUCUCUUGCUCCCCCACCAAAUUCCCCUUGAGCAAACGGUCUACUCUGUCAGGGUUUAAUUAAUCUAAACCUUACAUUUAGGUUGGUGCUGAACUGGAGGUGAUGCCUAAAAUCCUUUUCUUUUCCCUAAAGGGAAGACGUAUUCAUCGGAGGGGGGAUCAAUUUUUUUUAUUAAGCCUCCAUGUGGCUGUGUGAAUACAAGCUCUAUCUAAUGAGUUAUUUUCCUAAUCUAUUAAGCAGAAUAAUGCUGCUGUAGUUUUUAAAUAACUGGUCUGUAAGUACAUAUCUUAAAAAAAAAAACCUCCAGAAGACUAGUAACAGCAGCUAAUAUUUUGAGUGCAAAGAAAAGCAGGUGUUUUAUAAGCAGUAAGACAAGUUUGAUGUUCGGUUGUUUUUUUCUUUUUUAAAAUUUUGGCUGCUGUAGCACAUCAAAUAAAUUAUACUUUUAAGGUUUCAAAAUACAUACAAUUCUAAUGUUUUAAAUUUCAACCAUUUUUCCCCCUUGACUAAAUGUGAACCUGAUAAAGAUCACCUUCUCUAAAACAUUUUGUUUUGAUGGACUUGCAAGCAAGUAACCAGCUUCUCAAUCCAGAAUAAAAUGGUUUAUUGAAUUUCAGGAAAUGAGAAAACAAAGCACAUUGUGAAUAAACAACAACAAUAAUAAAGUACAUAAGCCCUUGCAAAAUGGCAGAUGCCAACUAAUGGCAGUUUUUCACAAGAUAGCACAAUAGCACUCUUGUGAGGAUGAUCUCAAUUUCCCCCCCUCAGCUGGAGUAAAUUAAUUUGGAGUCUCUACUGUCCUUACUGGUUUACCCCUGUGCUCUGUGUAGGUUUUUAAAACUAUGCUCAAAGUGCUCUUUGAAAGAGUUCAUAUCUUAAUCGGCCUAAGUGCUGACACCUUUCUGUACCUGCAUACAUUGGCAUAUGGAUUUAAUUAUUAUUUUUUUCAGUCCAUGGGAUAAUGGAGUUCUCUCUCUCUCUUUUUUUUUUGCGUGUGCAUGUAUGGUAAAGGAAGAGAUCCCUGUUUCUGUCUGGAGUGAGCUUUGUCACACUUACUUACUUUUAGAAGUGGCAUGCUUUCUGAAGGACAAGGAUGCACUAAAUUAACGAGUUUCUAAUAAAGUUGACUAUAAAUUAUUUUUGUUUUUAAAUGCCUAAAGUUUUUCUUUGAGUGUUUAAGCAGCAGAUGGUUCGGAUGAAAAUGUUUUCCUGCUGAAUAGUUUAUUCCACACAAAAAAGGAGGUUUAUUUAAACAACUGAUUUUUUAAAAGAAUUAUUUCCAUCCAAUAUUUAAAGACUUGAAUUUUAUUUAAACUUGAAAAUGACUUUGCCUUAACUUUUGUAUAAGACAGCUUAUAGUUACUGAAGUCUGACCCUCUCAUGGGUUUGUGUGGGUGGCAUAUACAGAAUUACUCAGUUACAGUAUGUAUGUAUUGUCACUGGUCUUACUGGGUAAACACACUGUAGUACAGGAAGUAGCGGCAGUUUUUUGUAAUAUACCUUAAAAGAUCUUAAGCAGUUGAUCUUUUUCAAAAUGUUGAAAAUCUGUAAAUGGAAAUAGUCAAUACUGUAUUAAAUAUGUGCACUUGGAAGUGUGUGCUUUUGCUUGUACAGGUGUAAAUAAUCAGAACAUAUAAAAAAGGUACCAUUAAAAAACUGAUAAAAAUUAUUGAUAUAUUAUAAAUGUUGCUGUUGAGCUGGAUGUAGAUAAACUAAAUGUUGUGGUUUGAAUAUUACUUUAAUUUGUUUUUUCCUUGUUUCUUUUACUUUAUUCUGGUGUGCUGAGCUGAUUCUGCCUCUUCACUGCAAAAGGGAAUUGGAGAAAGUCUGUCUUAAAAGCCCUGACAUUUUAAAAACUCUCUGGAAGUGUGUAUUUUGACCAGUAUGAAACAUGGUUAUGCAAUGUAAUUUUCAACUCUGUCUUAUAAGCUGCGAUUAUUAUUAUUAUUAUUAAAAGAACCGGAAUUGGAAAGAAAUGACAUUGCCACAAAUACACAGCCCCGACGUUUACUCAACCACUCUUAAGGCCAAAAUAUUAGCAAGUACAUAUCUUGGGAUUUGUUUCCUCAUACAAUAGGGCAGUUGAAUUCUUGACAUAGGUUGCUGCUAUUUUAAUUGUCCUCUUAAAAAAAUAAAAACCAGCCUGCUUUUUGCACUGCAGAAUUUAAAAUAAGCAAGCUGGGAUCUGUUUGUUCCUUCCUGAAAAGGCACACUUUGAGAAUUCAAAAUCAACCAACUGGGACUGUUGUUGGGUUUUAAUGUUUAUCCCUUACCCAAUGAGCAGUGGGGAAACGGCAGCUAGAUUGGGGUAUGGUUUAGGCCAAUGAUAAGAUUCCUUUGUUUGCCUGUUGAAAGCAUGAAGGAAACAGCUGCAGACGAAGUGGGACGUGGCUGCAGCGAGUGUGCGCAGCUAAUCAUUACAGCCAACUGAAUAUAUGCAGACCAGCAGGUGGAUUGUUACUGUUCUCAUGCAUUCGGCUGCCACUUGUACUAGGAUAAUACACUGUAAUUCUCACACAAAUAACAGUCUGUGUAAAAGAGUUUAAAACUUUACUGCAAUAGCUUUAUAAACAAUAAAUAAAUAAAAAGCAAAAAGUGUCAUGCCAAAUAACUUCUCCAAUCACUUUAAUACUUUCCCAGUCAGACUGUAUGAGGCUGCUGGAACAGAAGUUCAUAUCCCACAGAGUGUUUUGCAUACAGCUACUUAGUUCUGCUAUUUUAUUUUAUUUUAUUUUAAAACCUCCCCUGAAAGCUGAGAUUCUGGUUAGAAUGAUCAGGCCCCGUCAACAUUGGGCUCCUUCCCCACCCAACCACCAAUCCCAAUUUGUAGGAUUGCUUUGGUGCUCGUGUAUAAAGACAGCUUUUCCUGAGGCUGUUUGUUCAAGAAAUGUAUUUAAAGCUAGAAAUUUUUGCUUCUGGAGGGGGGGAAAAGAGUACAAUAAUUUUCCACCCAGCUGCCCCACCUCAAUUUUACAUACUGUCACACAAAAACCAACUUGUCAGGCUCAUUUUUUAUUUUAUUUUUUGCUUUCCCCCCCUGCCUCUUAGCUAAACACACAUAACCAGUGGGCAACGGGAUGCAGUGUAUCAUGAACAACCACUGACUGUAGGGGUUUGCACAAGCCUCUGUAUCUCUUUCAGCUUGCUGCAGCCCUUACGUAUUGUGUAGCCUGUUACACUGAUAGCAGCAGACAAUCGAAGACACACCUGGCGAGGGCAGCAGCUGCCAAGUCACAAAACAGGAGGUGUAACAUGGAGGCCUUUUUUUCCUGAGGGUGUUUGUUUUUGUUCUUCCAUUUAAGACUGGAAUCAAGCUUACAUGUAAACUAUUGGUAAUUUAAGUUUCCUUUUGUGUCAUAAAAUGUACAACUGUCUAAAACUGUAGGUUAUGAAAAAAAUAAAGAUUUAGGCACUGUUGAAUUUCUCUUUUUUUAAAUUAAACUUCUUACAACAG